AUCAUAAUAGACGUCACAUCCGGAUUUCCACACAAGCUGUCGCGCCUGCAAAAGUUAAACGUGACAAGUACGUGCGAAGAGAAGUUAUUUAGAUGCGUUCACGGUCGCUGUUGGCUUAAAAUGCUUUCUUUGUCAACGGCUGUUCAACCACAGGUGACUGUUCCCCUGAGUCACCUCCUCAAUGUUCUCCACGCUUUGAAGAGCUCAGUUGGAAGCAGCAGCACCUUGAGCAAAUCAAGACUCCCCAAUGAGCAUGCCUGUCAGGCAGAACUACAUUAUCCUGAGCCCCUGUGGAACCUGCGGGACCUUGGCCUGUCUGACCUGGGAACGCAGCAGAUGAACGAGUUGGCGAUUCGGGUGUUGCCAUGUUUGAAUUCACAGGAAGCACCAGCCCCGAUAGUGGGCAGUCGGACAAUCUGGCGAACGUCUCACCUUUCCACGCACUCUUUUUUCCUAAACAAGCAUGGGUUUUCUUCUCAGCGAAGGUCAGCUCCACUUUAUUCCAGGCAAAGGCCGUCUCCUCUUCAGUCAGUCUGCAAAGAGCUGCAACACUGUUCAGUGUGGAUCCAGCACAGAGGCUUUAAAACAUUGAGCAAAACCAAAAGACUGCAGUCAGCUAUUGAACGCCCUGUGGAGCCUGAGGGAUUCCCUCCAUCUUUAAUGAAGGGCUUCCUGACACGAGACAAGGGGAUCGAUAUAGAAAGUCUUGAAAGUGUAACGAAAAGUGGGAACGUACCUGAUGGACAGCAGGAUGCCUUUAAGAGGGGCUUUGCUGAGGGAUUCCUGAAGGCCCAAACACUGACGCAACGCACACAAGACUCCCUGAGACGGAAUCGGCUCAUCUUGUUGGUGUUGCUUCUUGUCGGGCUCUACGGCAUCUCAAAGAUCCCCUUCAUAUCAGUGCGGUUCCGAACCACAACAGGCCUGGACUCCUCAGUGGAUCCUGUCCAGAUGAAAAAUGUGACAUUUGAGCAUGUCAAAGGCAUCGAAGAAGCAAAAAAUGAGCUGCAGGAAGUGGUUGAGUUUCUGAAGAACCCUCAGAAGUUCACCAGCCUGGGGGGUAAACUGCCAAAAGGUGUCCUUCUGGUUGGCCCACCGGGGACCGGAAAGACUUUACUCGCCAGAGCGGUGGCGGGAGAAGCAGAUGUCCCGUUUUACUAUGCCUCCGGGUCGGAGUUUGAUGAGAUGUUUGUUGGCGUCGGAGCCAGCCGCAUCAGGAAUCUUUUCAGGGAGGCGAAAGGUAACGCUCCCUGCGUUAUCUUUAUUGAUGAACUGGACAGUGUGGGCGGAAAGCGGAUUGAAUCUCCCAUGCAUCCUUACUCCAGACAGACCAUCAAUCAACUGCUUGCUGAGAUGGAUGGAUUCAAACCAAAUGAAGGAGUCAUCAUAAUUGGAGCCACCAACUUCCCGGAGGCUUUAGAUAAUGCCCUCAUCCGCCCGGGCCGAUUUGACAUGCAGGUGACCGUCCCCAAACCAGACGUGAAAGGACGAACCGAGAUUCUCAACUGGUACCUCAGGAAGAUUAAAGUGGAUCCAGCGAUUGAGGCAAAGAUUAUUGCGCGGGGCACCGUGGGAUUCUCUGGCGCUGACUUGGAAAAUCUGGUCAACCAGGCUGCUCUGAAAGCAGCAGUCGAUGGUAAAGACAUGGUCACCAUGAAGGAGCUGGAGUUUGCCAAGGACAAAAUUCUCAUGGGUCCCGAGAGAAGGAGUGCCGAAAUCGACAAGAAGAACAAGAUCAUCACAGCAUACCAUGAAUCCGGCCAUGCUAUUGUGGCUUAUUACACCAAAGACGCCAUGCCUAUUAACAAAGCCACUAUCAUGCCAAGGGGUCCCAGUCUGGGACAUGUGUCAUUGCUGCCAGAGAAUGAUCGCUGGAGUGAGACACGCUCUCAGUUGCUGGCUCAGAUGGAUGUCAGCAUGGGAGGGCGAGUCGCUGAGGAGAUCAUAUUUGGGCAGGAGUACAUCACAACAGGAGCAUCAAGUGACUUUGAUAGUGCCACCAAGAUUGCAAAGAUGAUGGUGACAAGAUUUGGAAUGUGUGAAAAGUUAGGUGUGAUGACCUACAAGAACAUGACAGAACAAAGUCCAGAGACUCAAGCAGCUGUAGAGCAUGAAGUCAGAAUUUUGUUGCGGGAGUCUUACGAGCGAGCCAAAGCCCUCUUGAGGUCUCAUGCCAAAGAGCACAAGAACCUUGCCGAUGCGCUGCUGUUGUAUGAGACGCUGGAUGCCAAAGAGAUUCAGUUGGUCUUGGAGGGGAAGAACCUGGAGGCCAGAUAAAGGCAGCCGGGAGACGCAACGAAGGGGUGCUGGUUUGGGAUUUUCUAAGGACUCAGAGCUGGCAGAAAAGAGCCGCGAAUCUGUCUUAGAAAAUGUUAGUGCUUACAUGCUCAUUUAGUAAAUUGCCUAAGUGUGGUAAAGUUCAAACUUGUGCAUAAACAUAGUGAAUUAUCUGCUAGAUGUGCUGAAACCUCCUCGAUAUACACUGAGUCAUCAUGCUGGCCGAAUAGUAAAUACACGUUUUGAAUAUUACUCGGGACAUGAUUGUAAAUACUCAUCACAACCAUAAAAAGCUGCAGGCUGUGAUGAUCUUGUAAAUUACAGAGAAUUAAGAAUUAUUUACUGGUAAGUUCAGCUGUGCGGUGCAUUUAAUGAUUGCAUUAGGAGACAAUCCUCAAAUUCUUGACUCGUACUGGAUGUCGGUUAUCUACAUGUCUUUGUUUGUCAUCCAUUGCUCAAAGGCUGGUUGGCCAAACUACUGUCUACCUAAUUUUUCAAUCACGUGGCCCUUGAGGAAUGUAUUGUAGGUUGAGAUUUGUCUAUUAUGGAAUCAAAUUUUGGCCCGUGACUACAAAUGAAACAUACCUGUACAUGUUGUGUGUACAAAUGUGACAUAAACUGUGGCAAGAAACUGCAACUGCGUAGGGCGCUACACCAGUUUGUAAUAUAGUUGCUGGUACUCGGAAAAAUUUUUUUGGCUGUUUGCACAUUGAGAAUUAUUGUAACCAAUAACUCAUACUGCAUAGCUAAAGGAAAGUACUUUUUUAAAAAAUAGCAACUUAUGUUAUUACCACAAGCUUUUGCUGCCCAGUUUUAGCUUUUUACAAUAUUGAUUCAUCUGGGGCAAAAACCUAGUAAAUAUGUCAAUUUUAGUUUUAUGGGUCUUAUUUCCUAUCCCCCACCCCCAAUGUGUAGGGUACAUUUGUAUUUUUGGCCUUUGCCCAUACAUAGAUGUAUAUAAGAGUGGGAUCUAAUAGCAGGAUGGUAAAUGGAUCUCUAUAUAAGUAUGCGUUUGUGCGUUGAAAAGAAAAUAAUAUAUAUAUAUACUGUACAUACAGUAUAUAUAUAAUAUAUUUAAAAACCUGUUUGUGAUCGCAUUACACAUCCAUGUGAUUGGCAAAUCUUGUGUAAUAAAAAUGAUCUGGAUACAAUAAAGCAAAA